AUGUUAGAUGCGGAAACAUUUACUUUACUUUCGAGAAAAGGAGUAUUUCCUUAUGACUAUAUAGACUGUGAGGAGAAAUUAAACGAAACAGAACUACCCGGCAUUGAUAAGUUUUAUAAUAAAAUAAACGAUAGUAACAUAUCUAAUGACGAUUAUGAACUUGCUAAGAGGGUCUGGGCUAAAUUUAAUAUAUCAACUUUAGGACAAUAUUCUGAUUUAUAUAUGAAAACGGACAUUUUACUUUUGGCAGAUGUCUUUGAACAUUUUAGACAAAAAUGUUUGAAUAUUUAUCAACUGGACCCAGCUAAUUACUAUACACUCCCCGGAUAUACGUGGGACUGUAUGUUAAAAUAUACUAAAAUCGAGCUGGAUUAUUUAAAAGACGUGGAUAUGUUGCUGUUUAUGGAUCGCGGCAUCAGAGGCGGCGUUAGUCAAUGCUGUAACCGCUAUGCUGAAGCAAACAACAAGUUUAUGUCUUCUUAUGACUACUCAAAGCCAUCAAAGUAUUUAAUGUACUUUGAUGUAAAUAACCUUUACGGUUGGGCUAUGAGCCAAUACCUUCCAUAUGGUGGGUUCGAGUGGGUAGAUCCCAACAUCGACGUAACGAUGGUAUCUGACACGUCGUCUGAAGGAUACAUCCUCGAAGUUGACUUGGAAUAUCCUGAACAUCUACACGAUGAGCAUAAAGAUUUACCUCUAUGCCCCGAACACCUCACACCUCCAAAUUCAAAAUUACCGAAACUUAUGACAACCUUGUAUCCAAAAUCACGCUAUAUAAUUCAUUAUCGUAAUUUAAAGCAGGCUUUAUCUCUUGGGGUUAAGCUCAUCAAAAUUCAUCGCGUAUUGAAAUUUAAGCAAGCCGACUGGUUGAAGGCCUACAUCGAGUUAAACACCAAACUCCGCGCCCAGUCUACCAACGAGUUUGAAAAAAAUUUAUAUAAACUAUUAAUAAACGCUAUUUUCGGUAAGACGAUGGAGAACAUAAGAAAGCAUCGCAUUAUCAAGUUAAAGAAUCAUUGGGAUGGGCAGUGGGGUGCAAAACAUUUUAUAGCUAGCCCAAAUUUCCAUAGUAGCAAAAUUUUUGGUGAAGACCUAGUAGCAAUUGAAUUAAACAAAUCGGAAAUUUGCUUCAACAAGCCCCUAUAUGUUGGCAUGUGUAUUUUGGACAUUUCAAAAACUUGUGUGUACGACUUCCACUACAAUUUCAUGUUAUCAAAAUUAGGUGAUGAGUGCAAAUUGCUUUAUACAGACACCGACAGUCUCAUAUAUCAAGUAACCUGCGAUAACGUUUACGAUCUUUUAAUUCAAAAUUUACACAAAUUUGAUACUUCAGAUUAUGAGCCUAAUAAUAAAUAUAAUAUACCUUUAGUUAAUAAAAAAGUACCAGGCUUAAUGAAGGAUGAAUGCUGUGGGGCAAUAAUGACGCAUUUUGUUGGGCUCCGUUCUAAAAUGUACAGCAUCUUAAUAGACGGCAAAUCUACUAUUAAAAAAUCUAAAGGAGUUAAAAAGAAUAUAGUUAAAAAUUCCAUCACAUUUGACGACUACAAAAACUGUUUAGAUAAUAAAACUGAACUCUAUCGCAAACAGAGAACCAUUCAGUCAACUUUACAUAACGUUUUCUCAGUAGAGCAAACAAAACUAGCUCUAAGUGCAGCUGAUGAUAAACGUUUUUUAUUAAACGAUACCCAUGACACAUUACCUUGGGGGCACUAUUCAAUAGACAGUAUGUUGUAA